AUGAAGGACAAAGUUUACACCAUCCCAGAGGAAAAUGAGAUAGCUGACGACGAAGAUCUUGACUUGCAAGGAGAUGUUAUGCGAGGCGUGGAUCCCCAUAAACUUCUAGAGUCGAAACCAGUCUUUGGACACUACUUGACUAUCGAACCAUGGUCACCUGAUUUCUCCACAACCCAACCCCAACCCAACGAAGUAACAGCUUGGAUCUGUCUCCCUGGUUUCCCAGUUACACUCUACAAAAGAAGUCUUAUCAUUGAAAUUUGCGAGUGUAUUGAUCCUGUUGCGCGAAUUGAUUAUCAAACUGAUAGCGGACGUCGAGGCCGCUUUGCUAGAAUGGCUAUCACCUUAGACAUAAAUAAGCCUUUGAUCUCCAAGAUUCUUAUCAGCGAACGGGUACAAAUCGUUAAAUAUGAAGCUCUUCCCCAUAUUUGCUUUAUAUGCGAAAAAUAUGGGCAUGGCUCGGAGAUGUGCCCGUCGACCAAUAUCAACAAACAAACCGUGACACCUCCACCAACCGUGACACCUACUCCACCAAAGGAACUAUCGACUGAUAAAGAAUAA